AUGUCGCUGUUUGCCAUAAGUUUACGUGAGUUUGAUAUAGAGAAACUUGCACAGGAACGUAACGUUAUACUUUCAUUCCUGGAAUUUCUACAACGUGGUCAGACUGAAGUUAAUCUCGAAAAUCGUGAUAACAUUUACAAUUUAUUGACAGAAUAUGAUUUUAUAGUCGUUGGUGCAGGUACGGCAGGUUGUACAAUAGCCGCACGUUUAUCUGAAAAUCCAAAAUGGCGUGUUCUAUUGUUAGAAGCGGGCGGUCCUGAAAAUUUAGCAAUGGAUGUGCCAAUGUUAGCGCAUUUUUUACAACUUAGUGAAAUUAACUGGAAGUAUCGUACACAACCAUCGAAUACGGCUUGUCUCGCCAUGAACAAUAAUCGUUGUAACUGGCCGCGCGGUAAGGUUAUGGGUGGUUCAUCGGUACUCAAUUAUAUGAUGUAUACACGUGGCAAUCGUAAGGAUUAUGAUCGUUGGGCAGAGUUAGGUAAUGAAGGCUGGAGUUAUCGAGAUGUGUUACCAUAUUUUCAAAAGUAUGAAGGCUCAACGGUACCAGAUGCGGAACCAGAAUAUGUUGGGCGAAAAGGUCCGGUAAAAAUUUCGUACGUUAAAUGGCGAUCCGCUAUAGCAGAUGCUUUCGUUGCAGCUGCACAACAAGAUGGUUUAAAAUAUCGUGACUAUAAUGGACAUAUACAAACGGGAGUAUCCUACUUACAAACAACAAUACAUAAUGCUAUACGUUGGAGUUCAAACCGUGCAUAUUUAUAUCCAUUAAAAGGAAAACGUCCAAAUUUGCAUAUAAAAAAAUUUGCUUUAGUCACUAAAGUUUUAAUCGAUCCAGAUACAAAAACUGCUUAUGGCGUUAUAAUGAGUACUGGUGGAAGGUCGUACAAAGUGUUAGCAAAACGUGAAGUUAUUUUAAGCGCUGGUGCUAUUAAUACACCACAAUUGUUAAUGUUAUCGGGUGUAGGACCUGCAAAACAUUUACGGGAAAUGGGUAUAAAACCAUUAGCAGAUUUAGCUGUUGGUUAUAAUUUACAAGAUCAUAUAGCACCAGCACUAACUUUUCUAACAAAUUCUACAUCAUUGUAUUUUAAGGCUUUCUUUGAUAUUAAAAUAAUAAAUCAAUUUAUGAGCGGUGAGGGUCCUUUAGGAUUACCUGGCGGAUCUCAAGCAAUUGCUUUUUGGGAUCUCGAUCAUCCAACGAAACAAGAUGGUUGGCCUGAUAUUGAAUUAUUUUUGGUUGGUGGAGCUUUAAAUGCGUUUCCAGUUUUAGUAAAUGUUUUUGGUGUGAAACAAAAUUUGUAUCACGCUUUAUAUGAGGAUAUUGAGCGUGAUAAUUUAAAUGCGUUUAUGAUAUUUCCAAUGAUUCUUAGACCAAAAAGUCGUGGACGUAUAAUGCUCAAGAGUAAAGACCCAUUAAAAUAUCCACUUAUAUAUGCAAAUUAUUUAGCACAUCCUUACGAUUUGGAUAUCGCUGUGCGGGGUAUUUUAAAAGCUAUAAGUUUAGUGGAUCAACCAGCAUUUAAGGUAGUUAAUGGUAGAUUACUGGAGAAAGUACUGCCGACUUGUAAAAAAUACGGUUAUAAAACAAGAGCUUACUGGGAAUGUUAUGCACGACAUUUUACUUAUAAUAUAUAUCAUUACUCCGGAACAGCUAAAAUGGGACCACAUACAGAUCGUUCGGCAGUAGUGAAUCCAAGACUACGCGUUUAUGGUAUAAAAAAUCUAAGAAUAGCUGAUGCUAGUAUAAUGCCAGAAAUAAUAGCAGGUCAUAUAAAUGGUCCGGUGUUUAUGAUAGCAGAGAAGGCGGCUGACAUGAUCAAAGAGGACUAUAAAUAUGUAGCAAGUUAA